AUGCGUCUUGUUAACACUAAAAACCUACAACUUGAGUUUUUCACCGAUGAUGAUGUACCAGAUUACGCAAUCCUUUCCCACACGUGGGAGCAAGAAGAGGUCUUAUUCCACGAUAUCGGACAAGAAAGCGCAAAGUUGAAGAAAGGAUACGGGAAACUACAGAACUGCUGCCGCGUAGCAAAGGAAAAUGGCUUCGAUUACAUCUGGGACGACACCUGCUGUAUAGACAAGGCAAGUAGCGCAGAGCUCUCGGAAGCCAUCAAUUCCAUGUACCGUUACUACCAGGAGGCCAACAUUUGUUACGUAUACCUCGCAGACGUUUCUGCCGUCGUUCAAAUACCCGACAGCAGGUGGUUUACCAGAGGAUGGACUCUUCAAGAACUCAUCGCGCCUCAUGAAAUCAUCUUCUUCGAUCAACACUGGCAGCAGCUGGGCACAAAGACAUCCCUCGUAAGCGUCUUGUCAGAAAGAACAAACAUACCAAAAUCUAUUCUCUGCAACGUCGUCGAGUUGGAUACUACAAGUAUUGCGCAACGGAUGUCUUGGGCUGCCGAUAGGGUGACGACGCGCAAAGAAGACAGCGCAUACUCUCUGAUGGGUUUAUUCGGAAUCAACAUGCCGCUCCUUUAUGGCGAAGGCGAAAAAGCAUUUUAUAGACUCCAGGAAGAAAUCAUGCGAGUGUCCGAUGAUCACAGUCUCUUUGCUUGGAGAUUCUCCGGUGCACGAGGCGGUUUACUUGCUCCGACACCUGCUGCAUUCAAGCACUCAAGGGACAUCAUACCUUGGAACCCAUUUGCACCUUAUAAUAGCCCUUUUACAAUUACAAACAAAGGUGUUCAUAUGGAUGUCUCGUUCAUCCCCCGAGACGCGUCGGGACGAGGACUUUGUGUUCUUUUCUGCACAACUAUUGGGAGGCGGGACAGUCUGAUAGCAAUUCACUUGCGGGACUUGUAUUUGACAAUGGAGCAUUUUGAUCGGUGCAUGAGCAGCGAGUUUCAGUGGAUCAACCUGGAUACCUUCAGUCUUACACAAUAUCCUGCAAGACCCCUGUGCGUCAGGUUGCACGCACCACCAAUUUCCCGAAAAGACAGAAGAUCUGGAGGGGCAGAUGAAGCUAUGAACGGGAGAGACUAUAGUCCUCGAUUCCAUUCUUCACUAUCAGAAGCUGCGUUGAAUGGAGACUCGGGGGCAGUAUGGUUCAUGUUGGCGAACAACGUCGGAGUGUUAUCAGAAGUCGCAAGCGAUGAUGCCCGAUUAGCAGUUUGUAUCGCUGCCAGAGGUGGACACGAGAGUCUAGUCACCCAACUUAUGACCAGAAGAGACACAUCUGGGUUCUUGGCUGAUAAGAAUGGUCGGACGCCGCUUUCUUACGCAGCUGAGGCGGGCCAAGAACAUAUCGUCAAAGUUAUUCUGUCUAGCGCCAGAAUACAUCCCGAAGCACGAGACUCGGAUGGACUAACAGCACUAUGGUACGCAGUACAUAAUCGACACCAUGCUUGCGCAAGACUACUUCUUCAAAAAGGCAGAGUCUCGGGUAAUGUUGGAGGCAGUGACAACAGGCCGAGUGCUCUCUGUCAAGCUACAUUGGCUGGCGAUGUCGAACUAGUCAAACUGCUUGUUCAAAAUGAAGCUCUUGUUGGGGCCAGAGGCGAACCAGCGCUAUGUCUAGCCGCGGCGAUCAGAAGCGUCCCGAUUGCAACAAUUUUGCUCGAACACGGCGCUGACCCAGAUGAACGCGAUGCUAAGAGGAACACACCGCUACAUAUGGCAUGCGUGAAUGACCAUCACGAUAUGGUAGCUCUUCUAAUGAGGCGCGGAGCGAGUCCUGACAGAUUAAACACAGCUGGUAAAACAGAACUGGCCUUUGCGACGUUGCGUGGGAACAUUCCACUGGUGAAACUUUUGCUUGAGAAUGGGGCGGAUCCAAAGGCAAAGUGUGCGAAUGGGAAGACGGCUGCAGCAUAUGCGCAAGGGCAAGAGAUGAAGAGCCUCUUUACAGAUCAUCGCUGGUACAAGACAUUGAUUGAUAGAACGAGCACCAACCGUUCAGGAACGAGCGGGCGUUCAUGA